AUGGGAAAAGGCCUUCGGAGGCGAUCGGUAAAAUGCGAGCUUAGAAGUGAGGAGGGGAAAGGCCAACAGCACCAAACGGAUAGAUCAGCAGCAGAGAGGCCCGCAGGAAGGCCACACAGGCAGCCAGGAGCAGCCAGAAGGUCAGAAGGUGCCACAGUGGUGAUUUCUGCUUUCAGAAUCGAUUUCCGGUGAGUGAGGAGCGUACGUGGAAUUUUGAGGUGUCUGCUUGUCUGUCUGUCAGGUCCUUGAGCCACUCACGGCGGCAAAGCGAGAUCCAUCCUGAGAUGGCCACUCAGGGCGAGGGCGUUCGCGUGAUGCUUGGCAACAAGCAUCUCUUCAUCAACUCCGAAUGGCUCGAGGCCACGUGCACCAUUGAGCGCAAGGGCAAGGGCGAGACUGAGCUGGAGAAGAUCUUCAACAGCGGUGCGAGGGACUUGAGAGGGAGAACCUGGUACGUGAGGACACGCAGACAGACAGACAGGCAGGCAGACACGCAGGCGAGCAGAUGUCCGUCGGUCAGCCAAUGGCGUUUGUGUCCUGUUCGCUCAUUCAGGGAAUCUGUCAGGAAUGACCCCGAUUCAUUUCUGGAGCUUAGCUGGACUGGCGAAGAUAAAGAGACCACCUACUUCCGCCAAUACUACAGGUACGCCAGAAGGGAGAGCGGGAGGGAAGGGGAUGAACAGGAAGGCGAACAGGUGCACGCCGUGGGCCAGCCAGUGUGGGAACGACACACACAUGCUGUCUCUCCUUGUCUGUCCCACAGCAAGGGCACCCCAGUGAGAAUCACGGCCGGGACCGGCAAGUACUACAUGAAAUCGGUGUUUGACGCCGCCGGCAUCAAGCUCGACGAGUGGGAUUUCGUCACCUAUGAUGGAGUGGACCCAGAGUACGUUCAACGGUGGCUGUCACCCCAUGCAUCAAUGGCUUACUCCUGUGUGUGUUGCUUGAAUCGUUUGUGUCUUCCUUCCAGCCCCUCACCGAUUUUAUUCUUCAUGAGGUCGAAGGAGCGGCUGCAGCAGUGGUGGAGAUCUCGUCCAGCGAGCUCGGCAUGA